CUGAUCACUUACGUUUUCACCUGCCUGUGAGGGAGACGCUAUCGCAGAACUUACCUGCGAACUUUUUUCGAAAUUUUGAGAAUGACCCACGCGAUUUCCCUGUUAUGGCUUUGUUGUGGUCACUGCUCUCUUUUAUAGACUGUUCUGUAGAAGGUUGGUUCUGUACUAGAAGGUUUCUUUCUCAACAUCUGUUGGUUCUGUACUAGAAGGUUUCUUUCUCAACAUCUUCGUGCUUCACUGAUCAAGCCGCCCGUUAUAUGUAACAAGUGUAAGAAGUUCAUAAUCUGCAUUGUACUUGUGAGUAGUUCAAUCAAGGUCAUGGGGCACCUGUAUUUCUCUGCACUUUAUUCCUGCUUACGCUGAACACGUCACCGCAGCAGAUACUUACUAUUUCAGACAACUUCGUUCUAAGCUGCAUGAACCUCGCGGUAUUCCUGCUACGUGCCCUGAGCCGCCACCUCAAAUGCUUAUGGGUACCGGUAUUUAGCUAGAUUGAUAGUUCUCAGACUCAGACGAAACCUGAAGAAGUUCACAGGCCUACUUUUUUACUCACGAUCUAAUCUGGAUGGGCUUAGUGCUAGAAGUAGAGAUCAUGAAGAGUAGUCUAAAUCUAAGAUUAUGUCUGGUGUUGAUAUUAAACGUGCUUAGCUCUAAAAUCGUGAUAGAUGCCAUGGACAUGAUGCGG